AUGAGUCAUUUGUGUUUGUGUGUGUGUGUAGGUGGCACAAUAGACAUCACGGUGCAUGAGAGCCAAGAAAACCAUUACCUGAAGGAAUUACACAAGGCAUCUGGAGGUGGAUGGAGAGGCAACAGAGUGGAUCAAAACUUCAUUGAUUUCCUCAGGGAAAUAUUUGACGAUGGUGUAUGGAAUGAAUAUGAAGAGAAAUGCCCUACUGAAUUACAACAUAUGAUGUACAACUUUGAUCUACAGAAAUGUUCUGCUAGCAGAGAGGAUGUCUACAUACGUUGCUACUACAACUUGACCAAACUGGCAGAGUGCGAGAAGAACAUCUCCCACUUCUUCAAAAAGCACAAUGGAGUUGUGUGGUCUGAUAGGGUAUUCAUGGUUACGUAUGAGAAAAUGAAGACCUUUUUUAAUUACAGGAUCAGAAAUAUCAUUCAUACUUUGAGGGUAAUUCUUGACAAGCCUGAGAUGGCCAAGGUCCAGUACAUUUUGCUUGUAGGAGGCUUUUCAUCUAGCAUCAUCUUGAGAGAUGAGAUCAGUGAGGCCUUUAGUGAGGGGUAUCAUAUCCUUUGUCCUUUGGAUGCCCAAGCAGGCAUUGUAAAAAGGGCUGUUUUAUUUGGAGUCAAUCCAUGCAUAGUUGCCUCAAGAGUCAGUGCUCAGACAUACGGCAUAGCAGUAGCUCAGGAAUUCAAUGCUGCUAUCCAUGACCUCAGCAAAAAAAGGAUCUCAGAAAAGGAUGGCUAUAUUUAUUGUACAGAUCUCUUCAAGAAAUUGGUUGGAAUUGAUGAGUCAGUGAAUAUAAAUAAAGAAGCCCAGUAUUAUUUCCAUCCAGUAGAAGCAGAUCAAACACAAGCAAAGUUUUCUUUCUAUUGUACAGAAAAGCAGGAUGCUCAGUAUGUAGAUGAGGAAGGGAUGGAAUUCCUUGGCUCCUGUACAGUGCCAAUGCCAGACACAAAGCUUCGGAGGAAGCGCCAGCUGAAGCUGGAUAUUAAAUUUGGGCUUACUGAAUUUAAAGCCACAUGUACUGACAUUACUUCCAAACAAAGAUGGACAAUUACAGUUGAUUUUUUAUCUGUGUAAAUUCUCAGUACCUUGAGCAGAAAGGACAAUAACUCAAGGGAGAACAAGGCUUCAGUGAGAGACAAUAACCCAGCAACAGACAAUUCAAAUGGACCAUGAAGUUCAUCAUCCAGGCUUCUGCUUGCACAGAUUAACAAUUUGCUAGUCUGAUUCUCUGUGAUUCUAUGAUUCUAUGGCUCCUUCCGUUAUUCACCAACCACCCUUUCAGGCUAACACAUCUCCUUCUGUUGUGUCUGACAGCAGGAUUAUCUGCUGCUUUAUCUCUUGCCCUUCUAGCUUAGCCCUGUUGCAUCACUGAAUAGUCCAUAUCACCAAUAUAAUCUUCUGUACUCGUGUUUGAUACAAAGCUUCUGGACAGAUGUCUUAACUUCCAGCUAUACCAGACUAUAAGUAUUUCUUUUAGCCUGAUACCUUCUACAUUCUUUCUUCCUCUGAUAUCAGGUCUCUUCAUCUGGAGUCCAGGUUUAACUCUGCCAAUGGUGACACUGAAUGGAUUUCAGUUCUCCUCAGGACAUCACUUACAUAGAUUGUGUGUAAUUCACAUGCUCAUGUCUCAGUCAAGACAGUGGUGCAGUAACUCAAUGUAGUCUGGGAGCUUGUAUCCAAAACCUGUCGGAGUGUUGUUUCCAUUAAACCAUUGGGUAGUUUGAUCGUACUAACUGACUGAGUAGAUACAAAUGACAGGUGGUAACAUUACAGAUAUGAGCAGUGCUUAUGUUGCUGCCUGAGCUCCUCUAUCGGGCUCUAGGUACCCUCUACAUCUCAGACUUGGGCUUGGUAAUUUCCAUGUUCAUAAAAGCUCGUUUCUUUGCCUCCUGCCUACAGCACCUGUGCCCAAGUUCAGCAUAGCAUGAACUGCGUGAGCCCAAAUUUAUCCAAGAAAACGAUGUGAUCUUGUGUUGUACUGGCUCUGGCUGGGGUGGAGUUAGCUUUCGUCACAGCCACCCGUAUGUUGCUGUGUGGUUUAUGAUAAAAACGGUGUUGAUGGCACACCGAUGUUUUAGCAAUAGCUGAACAGUGCUUGCACAGUGGCAAGGCCGUCUCCGUUUCUUGCUCUACUCCUGCAGCAAGGAGGUUGGAGGAGGGAGGGGGUGUUGGGAAGCGAAGGGCUGGGAGAGGAACACAGCCAGCACAGCUGACCCCAGCUGACCCAGGCCGUGUUCUGUACCCUGUAACUCCGUGCUCAGCAAUAAAACCAGCCAGAGUUUCUCCAAAGUAGCUAUUGGUUGGAGACCUGCUGGGCAUCAGCCUGAUGAUGGGAUGUGGUGACUACUGUUGCCUCACCUGGGGUCUUGUUGUAUUUUUCCCCCUUCACUAAGGGUGUAGCUCAGCACCAGCCUGUCCCAGUGAAAAUACUUGGUUAGCUGGGUACACUACAUGAAAACUCAGUGCUGCCAUCUUUAUUAGCUGUAAUGACUGUGCUGGAAUCACUGCUAGCUAUGUUAUUUAAUGCUGUCAAUCAUUAAAGCAGCAUUCAGAGAAUUACUCCAUAUAUAUAUACUAUGCUCCAUGAUGUACAAAAGCUGGACUAUUUUGAAUACAUCACCUUUGUUUUCACAUUUAAAAUCCUAUGUGCAAAAUAAAAGUAUUCUCAACAGAAA